CAGGAGCCCAGGAAUUUCUGGACGGCUCAGCCCUCGGAGUAAGGGUGAAGACAGAGAGAUGAACUGGCUUGAACCUUAGGAUAAGCAUACCUAGUCAAUGCAAAGGACGUAAUAGGAAAUCCUCUUUCUAGUGUCCAGUGCCUGCAGUUGUCUACAGUUAGUUAACCAGCUCUGACAACUGUGGACUUUGCCUCUCCAGUGAAGGAACCUUGAGGAAAACUGACCUGUUCUUGCAGUUCUAAAAUCAUGGCUCAUGAUUUGGUGAUGUUCAGAGACGUGACUGUUGACUUUUCUCAGGAAGAGUGGGAAUGUCUGACUUCAUACCAGAGGAAUUUAUAUAGAGACGUGAUAUUAGAGAACUACAAAAAUUUGGUGUCACUCGGAUGUUCCAUUUCUAAGCCAGAUGUGAUUUCCUUACUGGAACAAGGGAAAGAACCCUGGAUCGUUGUAAGGGAAGAAAGAAGAAGAUGGAGCCUGGACUUGGAAUCCAGGUAUGAUACUAAGAAGUUAUUUCAAGAAAAGAAAUUUUAUGAAAUGAAUUUAUCUCAGUGGGAAAUCAUGGAAAGAAUCCAAAGCCAUGGCCUCAAAGAGUCCUUUUUAGGAAAAGACUGUGGGUAUAAAAUGUUUGGGGAACAGGAAGGUCCUCCCGGGGUCUAUUUCAGGCAAGGGAGAAAAACCACCACUGAGAAAAUAGCCAUGGACAGAGAACUGGGACCCCUUCAUUUCUACCAGAAAACCCCUAAUAGAGCAAAGCCCUAUGAGUGUGGGGACUGUGGGAAGGCUUUUAGAGCACGCCAACAGCUUACUUUCCACCAGAGAAUCCACACUGGUGAGAAGCCCUACGAGUGCAAGGAAUGUGGGAAGACCUUCCGCCAGUGUGCCCACCUUAGUCGACAUCAAAGAAUUCACACCUCUGACAAACUCUAUGAGUGUAAGAAAUGUGGAGCAAUCUUCCCCUGCAGCUCAGACCUUCGCCUGCAUCAGAGGCUUCACGUGGGCGAGAAACCCUAUGAAUGUCAGGAGUGCAGGAAGGCCUUCAGAGUGCGGGGACAGCUGAAUCUCCACCAGAGGAUCCACACUGGUGAGAAGCCUUACAAAUGCAAGGAGUGUGGGAAGACCUUCCGACAGUAUGCACACCUCACCCGACACCAGAGACUCAAUUUUGCUGAGAGGUGCUACGAGUGUAAGGAAUGUGGCCAGGCUUUUCUGUGUAGUACGGGCCUUCGGCUGCAUCAUAAGCUUCACACUGGUGAGAAGCCAUACGACUGCAAGGAGUGUGGGAAAGCCUUCCGAGUACGGCAGCAGCUCACCCUGCACCAGAGGAUCCACACUGGUGAGAAGCCCUAUGAUUGCAAGGAGUGCGGGAAGACCUUCAGUCGUGGCUAUCAUCUUACCCUCCACCAGAGAAUCCACACAGGGGAGAAACCCUAUGAGUGUAAAGAGUGUCAGAAGUUCUUCCGUCGUUACUCAGAACUUAUUUCACAUCAGGGCAUUCACAUCGGGGAGAAGCCCUACGACUGUAAGGAGUGCGGGAAGGCCUUCCGGCUGUUCUCCCAGCUGACCCAACAUCAGAGCAUUCAUUUUGGCGAGAAACCCUAUCAGUGUAAGGAGUGUGGGAAGACUUUCAGACUGCUCUCCCAGCUCACUCAGCAUCAGAGCAUUCACACUGGUGAGAAGCCUUAUGACUGUAAGGAGUGUGGGAAGGCCUUUCGACUUCACUCCUCCCUUAUUCAACACCAGAGGAUUCAUUCUGGUGAAAAACCCUACAUGUGCAAGGAAUGUAAGAAGGCUUUUAGACAGCACUCACACCUCACAUAUCAUCAGCGCAUUCAUAAUGUAACCUAGUUAUAACCACCUCCUCACUAUGAAUGUUGGGUUAGGAGCAUUAGAAGACAUCAUUUUUGAAUGUAAGGAAGAAUGAGUUAAUGUAGUGAACGUAUAGAAGCCUUUUAUCCCAUUCAUGUUAAAUUCCAGGAAAUUCAUUCUGAAGGAGAGCUUCA